UGAUGUGACUAUUACUUCAAUAUGGCUGGUCAUGGAAUUCCCCGCUACAGCUCGUUGGGAGAGCGAUCGGAAGAGGGCCUCCAACAGGAAUUACGCAAAAUUCAAAACUAUCAAGCGCUUGACCGGCUUGUUCGUGACAAGAUCGUUGGACAUGAUUAUACACCUGAAACUCUGCAAAAGAUCUCUGAAUUACUGAGCAGCAACCCAGAAUACUAUACAGUAUGGAACUACCGACGGAGGGUUCUGCAACAUGAGUUCAAUUUGGCAUCAUCUAAUAACUCAGAGGAAGCUGUAACAAGUCAGAUAGCAGCGCUGAUCAAAAAUGAUCUGCAAUUCCUGAUACCCCUCCUCCGGAAAUUUCCCAAGUGCUACUGGAUAUGGAACUAUCGCAUGUGGCUCCUUGAUGAAGCCAAGCGUCUUCUCCCUCGAGCUGUUGCUCGGAAAUUCUGGCAGGAAGAGCUUGCCCUUGUGGGUAAGAUGCUUAGCUUGGAUAGCAGAAACUUCCAUGGCUGGGGUUACAGACGAUUUGUCGUAGAAUCAUUGGAAAAACUUGCACCAGAAGACCAGGAAGUGCGAAGCAUGGCACAGGGUGAAUUUGAGUACGCGAAGAAGAUGAUAGGCACGAAUUUGUCCAAUUUCUCUGCCUGGCACUAUCGCACGAAGCUCAUCCAGCGACUGCUGAGCGAGCAGUCCGCCAGUGACGAGACACGCAAGAAGAUGCUCGACGAUGAACUGGAUCUCAUCCACCGUGCUCUGUGUGACCCUUACGAUCAGUCGCUGUGGUUCUAUCACCAGAACCUGAUGUGUACUUUUGAUCCUUCAUUAUCAGAUCAGACGAUGGCGCCAAAUCUCAAUAAUGAUGAACGGUUAGAAUAUUUGCGCAAGGAGAUCGACGAGAUUCAAGACAUGCUUGAUGGGGCAGAGGAUUGCAAAUACAUAUACCAGGCGCUGAUCGACUGUACCCUUUUGGCAAGGAAAGUGAAAGGGACUAUGCCCAGUACCGACAAGGAGAACAUUUUAAGCUGGCUUUCUGAACUAAAGAAGUUGGAUCCGCUACGAUGUGGACGAUGGCUAGAUUUUGAGAAGUCUCUCUGCGCUGAUGUAUGAACGAUUUGGUUAUGUUGUGGUAAUUCCACGACGAUUCCAUGGUGACCCUGAACCGCAUAAUCUGGAUUAUUUAUCUACCUUGUACAGUAUUGUCUCUUGAAGUUCCGCCGAUCAAGUGUGGAGCGGGUGACAUCCAUCUCGAAAUUAACAUCUGACCAGUUUCAGAAUAACAAGUGGCAACAGCGUUUCAGUUACACGGUGGGAGCGUCUCAGUGGUCACAGCAACUAUUAACUACAUCCUCCAUCGAACAGAUUGUAGAUUGACGUAGACCACCAUCAAAGUCAGUUGAGUAGGUAACAAUAACGAUGAGAGCUUAAAAAUAAGAACAG